CCACCGCCUCGAAUCUCUCGCCGCCUCGCACCUUCCUAUAUUUCACAUUUCAUCUUCAGUCUUCUAUCAUAUGCAUCUUCCAACGAUUUCUCUGAUUUCAAUCGAUGGAACCAUCCCGAGUUCUACAGGGGAACAUCAUCAAUAAGGAAGAUGAACCUAUUGCUGUUUGGAUUUUGCUCGGACUGAAGCUCCCUGUCACCGCCAUUGAAAUCCAACGAAGUGCGCAAAAGGUAAAUGCUACUCUUAAUGCAACUGGAAGAGCUCCAUUCACAGAUGGUGUUGGUCUUGAGAGUGUAAUCGAAGAUCAAAGCCAUAUUAGCGCAAACAAUGACAUACAACAAAUUGACAAUCUACAAAGCAGUUUAAAAGGGAAGAGUGUGGAAAUAUUACAUGUAGACUUGGUCUUGCUGCCUGUAUUUAUCAUGUUUGGAGAGAAAUAA